AUGAAACAUAUUAUAUUCCUUUCAAUUGUUUUCUGUUUUUGUGAUAAUGUAGUGUAUAAUAAUUAUGUAGGUCGAAUAUUAUUUGAGUUUCCAGAUAAUAUUAUACAUGACUUAAGUUCUGGCCCAAUAGUUGAAUAUGAAAUUAAAGAACAUAAAGACGAUAACCCAGAUAUAAAUAAAGAGGUAAACCAUUGGAAUAUUGAAAUAAAUGAGCACAAAGAUAAUCCAAAUAUUCAAAGAAACAACGAAGGCAAUGAUGAUAGUAAUAACAAUUGGCAAUAUCACUCCAAUUAUAAUGAUGAACAAUCAGAGAGCCAAAAUGAAAAUGAAAGAAAUGAAUUUUCUCUAAAAAAUGAGAUGGAAAAAAAGCCAGAAGAAAGAAAGGAUACACAAUUUGAUAAAUACAAUGAAUACGAUGAUUUUGAAAAUAUGAAUAAUAACUUUGAGGAAAAUAAAAAAAAAUCCUUUGAGGCUAUGCAAUCGGAAGACAUGGAAGAUAAAAAGGGGGAAGAGAAUAAAGAGUAUGCAGGCUGGGCAGAAGAUAAAAAAAGGGAGGACAAUCGAGACUAUAUAGAUAGGAUGGACGAUAAAAACAGUGCAGGCAAUAGAGAGUAUAUAGAUGGAAUGGAAUAUAAAAAAGAGGCAGAGAAUAAAGAUUAUAUAGGCUGGGUAGAAGAUAAAAACAGUGCAGGCAAUAGAGACUAUAUAGAUGGGAUGGAAGAUAAAAAGAGGGAAGAGAAUAAAGAUUAUGCAGGUUGGGUAGAAGAUAAAAACAGUGCAGGCAAUAGAGAGUAUAUAGAUAGGGCAGAAGAUAAAAAGGGAGAAGAGAACAAAGAGUAUGGAGGAUGGGUAAAAGAUAAAAACAGUGCAGAAAAUAUAGAGUAUAUAGAUAGGGCAGAAGAUAAAAAGGGAGAAGAGAACAAAGAGUAUGGAGGAUGGGUAAAAGAUAAAAACAGUGCAGAAAAUAUAGAGUAUAUAGAUAGGGCAGAAGAUAAAAAGGGAGAAGAGAACAAAGAGUAUGGAGGAUGGGUAAAAGAUAAAAACAGUGCAGAAAAUAUAGAGUAUAUAGAUAGGGCAGAAGAUAAAAAGGGAGAAGAGAACAAAGAGUAUGGAGGAUGGGUAAAAGAUAAAAACAGUGCAGAAAAUAUAGAGUAUAUAGAUAGGGCAGAAGAUAAAAAGGGAGAAGAGAACAAAGAGUAUGGAGGAUGGGUAAAAGAUAAAAACAGUGCAGAAAAUAUAGAGUAUAUAGAUAGGGCAGAAGAUAAAAAGGGAGAAGAGAACAAAGAGUAUGGAGGAUGGGUAAAAGAUAAAAACAGUGCAGAAAAUAUAGAGUAUAUAGAUGGAAUGGAAUAUAAAAAAGAGGCAGAGAAUAAAGAGUAUGGAGGUUGGAUGGGCGAUAAACAAAUUGGAUCCCAUCGAAAGAAGGAAAAUAAUAUAAAAAGCGAUACUACUGAACAUAAUGAUAAUUUAUCGUUUGAAUAUUCUAAGCAGGGAAUGGAUUGGGCUGCAGGAAUAUGCAAAAAUGGAAAAUAUCAAUCCCCUGUAGAUUUACAUAUGCAUACAUUAAAAGAAAGAGAAUUAAAAAAUUUAUCAGAUUUUUAUUUAAAUGCAUUUUAUGAUAAUGAUGAAAAUUCAUGGAAUAAUUAUAAUAGACCAUGGUUUAAAGGUGAUAUAUUUUAUUAUUAUGAAAAUUUAGUAAAUAAAAUAAUUAUAAAUAGACAAAAUAAUAUGUUUAAAAUAAAAGCAUCGAAUAAUGAUAUAAUUCCUUUUGGUGUUUUAUUUACUACUGAUGAGCCAGCCAUAUUUUAUUCUCACCAUAUUAAUUUCCAUUCACCUAGUGAACAUACAUUUGAAGGAUCUGGAAACAGGAGACAUAUAGAAAUGCAAAUUUAUCAUAGUACUAAUGAGAUAUAUGAUUAUGAUGAAAGUAAAUGGAAUGGAAUUUUUGGGAAAAAAAAAAAUCAAAAAAAAAAUAAUGAAACAAAUAUCAAGCAUUCAUAUAUUUUAACGUUCUUAAGGAAUAGUUUAUCAAACCCUCAUUUAGGUCACCAAAAUCCAAAAAACAAAAAGCGGAACAAGCGAAGUAAAUCAUAUAAUAAUACUCAACUAGGUAGAAAUGGUAAAAAUACAAAAAAACUAAACCAAUAUCAGGUUAUUUCCAUUACUUUUUCAAGUGCUGAAAUUAAUAAAUCUACAAUUAAUAAUUUUAAAAAACUCCCUUCGGAAAAAUUUUUAAAAACAAUUUUAGAGGGAACCCAAAAUGUUCCUGUUGGUUCAGACCCAACAUUGGUGGAUCUGAAAGCACCCCUAAAUUUAAACUCAGUACUGAUGAUGCUAAAUAUGAAAAGUAUGGAAUUUUUUGCAUAUCAUGGAUCUUCAACUUCACCAGAUUGUAAUGAAAAUGUUCAUUGGAAAGUUGCCAAGAAAUCUUUACCUAUAUCAACUGAAACAAUGUUAAAAUUUUACAAUAUGUUAAAAAAAACAACACCCGAUUAUAAUGGCAGUGAUAAUGAUAAUUUUAGGGCCUUACAAAAUGUUCAAGGUAAUAUACAUAAUUAUGGUAGAGUAUAUUUAAUACAAGGUUUUCCAGUUCAACUAUUAAUUUCAUCUAUCUUAACUACAAGUGAAGAUAAAACUGUGAUUGAAAAUAUAAAACAGGCUUAUUCUAAAUCAAAUGGAAAUUAUAUUUGUUUCAACUUUAUUUUCUUAUUACUUAUUUUUAUAUUUUUACAAAAUUAUUAA